AUGAAUCUCGACAGUGUCAGCGGGCUGGACCUCAAUGGAGCCUUCAGAAUCGCCAACCUCUUAGUGGCUGGCUUAUCUGUGUUAUCAGGAUUAUCGCAACUCUUCAGUGGAUUGUACUUCGUUAUCGGGCUUUACCUCAUUGCCUUUGGUAGUGUGAUUGGUCUUCUUGAAUUUCGGGUUCCUGCUGAAGCCUACGCCUACGGGUCGUUCUUGUUCUCGUUCAUUGGCCGUGGUGUCUUCUAUACCUUCAUCGGUGCCAGCAUCAACGGCGCCAGUGCCUUCCGCAUAAUUGCUGGCUUGAUCGUAUUCGUCGUGGGCUUGGGCUACAUCGCCUUGGAAGCUGUCCCCAGCGUUUCUCCUCCUGAGAACAUGAAUCCGGAGGGAAUCUCUAUUGGCGUCAACGACGAGGACAUCAUCUAG